CACUGCUUCGUUAAUUGAUUGUGAAUCACGUAUCCCGAUUCAUAUCUUUAAGAGCAACAAUUCUUGUUUGUGUCAACACUAGCUCGAGUGCUUAAAAUUGGGCGUUGCAGGCUGGUUCCUCCUUGAUUAAUAUGGCUGCCGAAAUUAAGCCAGCGCAGCGGACCAACAAUGAUCGCUUUAACACGUCCAAAAAGCCGGAAUUGCUGAGUAAGCUGGAGGGCAGUAGCGAUGAUGUGAACGCAGCCAUCCUAAUUCCUGGCGAAAACGGCGUAAUUAGCGUUUCCGAUGACAAAACCGUUCGUGUUUGGUUGAAACGCGACUCCGGUCAGUAUUGGCCAAGUAUUUGCCAGUAUAUGCCCUCCGGCUGCACGGCCAUCGAGUACGUCCCGGAAUCCCGACACUUGUACGUUGGCCAGGAGAACGGAACGGUCACCCAGUAUGCUCUCUCCGAAGACUGCAAUCGGCUGUCCUUCUUGCGGGAUUACUUGUCCCAUCAAGCCCGAGUUGUGGCCGUGGUUUACUCGAAAACCCACAAAUGGGUCCUAUCCGCCGGCAAAGAUAAGCAGUUCGCCUAUCAUUGCACGGAGAGCGGCAAAAGGGUGGGCGGAUACAACUUUGAGACUCCAUGCACUGCACUCCAGUUUGACGCAUUAGCCAAGUAUGCCUUCGUUGGCGACCAUGCUGGACAAAUAACAAUGCUGCGGUGUGAUGUUCAAGGAGUUCAGCUGAUUACCACUUUUAAAGGACAUACAGCGGAGAUACGAUGCUUGAGAUGGGUUGAAGGGCCACAGCUUUUAUUUAGCGGCGCCUGCGAUCAGUCUGUAAUCGUUUGGGAUGUUGGUGGCAAACGUGGCACUAUUUACGAGCUGCAAGGACAUAGCAACAAAGUAUCUGCUCUGUCGUACGCAAACCAAACCCAACAACUGAUAAGCUGUGGCGAAGACUCUGUAGUUGUUUUCUGGGAAAUGAACGCGAUGCGGAAAGAAGUUCCUGGCUGGGUGGAGUCCAACAACUGCCAGCUUUGCUCCAGGCCCUUUUUCUGGAACUUCCGCUCUAUGAUGGAUCAGAAACAACUGGGAAUCCGGCAGCAUCAUUGUCGCCACUGUGGCAAAGCAGUGUGUGACAAUUGUUCAACCAAUCGUAUUAACAUACCCAUAAUGGGCUUCGAGUUUGAUGUUCGUACCUGUGAUCCGUGCUACAAACAACUUCAGACCGUCGAGCGCCCCUCGCUGGCCUCAUUUAAUGACGCCAAGCACUCCAUUGUGUACAUGGACCUCGAUGAGGACAGGAAACGUCUGUUGACGGUUGGCCAGGACCGGCUCAUCAAGAUCUGGGAUCUCUCCAACAUUUGGGCAUAAGACUUCCUCCGUACGCACACGCAUAAAAUCCAAGUCGACGUACCAAAGGUAUAAUCAUUCGCGAGGAGUUUCGGUCUUAACUGAAAUACCCAAUAAUGGAACGAUGUGGGCUGGCCAUGACUAAAUCCAGACCCAGCUAGGCUCUCAUAUAUUCGAUGUAAAGCAAUAAUCAUUGUAUGUACGUAUGCUUACAUAAAACACAUAAAUACAAGAAUCCAUCGAUAAAA